AAUGAAUUAUAUUAUAUGCUGAUAUUUUAAUUAACAAGUUAAGCACAUUUGAAGUAUAUAUGCAAUUUAGAAUUGAUAAUUUAUAAAUCAUUUAUAGCAACUAAUUCAUUCAAUUAAAAAGUUAACCAAGUAAGUAUACAAAAUAAGUUAAAAUACUCUAAAAUGAGUGAUAAAAAGAAGGAAAACAAAGAAAUAAAUAUGAGUCUUCUUCCAAACGAAGACCUACAAUCAUCAUAAGUAUCAACAGCUCGUUCAUCAUUUGUCUCAUCAAAUGGAAAGGAAACCACUUAAGGAGGAGAGAAGAGCAAAGAACAUACCAUAAUAAAUUUUUCAAAAUUUCAAAAAUUUAAUGAAGAAAAAACUGAAAUGGAUGUUGUUGAAGAAGAUGCCUUUGAAAAAUAUAAUAAAAUAGAUAAGAAUAAAGUUUUUUAGAAAGAAAUUAAAAUUGAAUAUAGAGAAAAAGACGAAGAUAAGAAGGGCCCUAAUGGAGGUAAAUAAAAAAAGUAAAAAUUUGAAUGGAAAUUGUAUAAGAAACUACUUGAAUAUGUUAUGAGAGAAAAGUGGCUUGUAUUUAUAAUUUAUUCAACUCUUUUCAUUUCAACAGCAAGUUAAACAUUCAUUCCUUACAUGGUAGGCUAACUUCUCAACGAAGUUACUAAAACAGGCUCUGACACUAGCGUUUAAUCUACAAGUCUUAUAUUUUUAGGUUUGAUUUUGAUUACUUGCUUUUUUGGUUUCUUUAGAGCAAUGUAUACCAAUCUUUUGGGAAAUAAAGUUACUAUGUAUUUGAAAAGAGAUAUCUUUGAUAAAUUUGUGGGCUAUGAUGUAGCUUUCUUUGAAAAAAAUAAAACAGGAGAUUUAAUGAGUCGUUUAGGCAGAGAUGUUUCUACUGCAAGAGCUGCUGUCAGCUUCAAUUCUACCAUGCUCUUGCGUAAUUUCCUCCUUUGUAUUAGUAAUAUAAUUAUGCUUUUUGUAUUGAGUUGGAAGGUAACUCUUUCUAUUAUUCCAAUCAUACCUAGUUAUUACUUGGUAACAAAGUACUAUUCCUACAAAAGUAAAUAAAUAGAAAAAAGAAUCAGUGAUAUUAAUGCUGCCUCCAGUGAGCUUGCUGAAGAAGUUUUUUCUGGAAUUAUGACAGUGAAGUCAUUUGGCUAAGAAGAAUAUGAAAAGAAACGCUUUGAAAAAAUAUUAUAGGACGAAUAUGUUGAAAAUAGAUGGUCAGGAAUUCUAAAUGCUGCAUUUUUCACAAUUAAUAAUAACUUUUUAGCUAAUAUCGGUAUUUUAAUUGUAUUAUGGUAUGGAGGUUAUAUCGUCGUUAAUAGUUAAGAUGAUCUUUCAUCUGGUGAUUUAGCUUCGUUUAUUUUAUAUUCUACUUCGCUUGCUACUAAUUCAUCAGCCAUAUCUUAUGGACUAGGUGCAAUCAUCUCAGCUACAGGAGCUUUAGAGCGUAUUUUUGAAAUGAUGCAAUAUAAUCCUAGCAUUAAAAACGAUUCAGGCUAAGAAGUCGCUACUAUUACAGGAUCAGUAUAGUUCAAAGAUGUUACUUUUAGCUAUCCUUCUAAUAAAGUUUAAGUCUUACAUGGUAUUAAUGUAUCUAUCUCUCCAGGUGACUGUGUGGCAUUUGUUGGUACUUCUGGAAGUGGUAAGAGCACAAUAAUUAAAUUAAUUGAGAGAUUCUAUGAUGCAACAACUGGAGAGGUUCAACUAGAUGAUCGUAACGUAAAGGAUAUCAAAAUUUCAAGUUUGAGAAAGCAUAUUGGUUUAGUUAGCUAAGAACCUAUGCUUUUCAGUGGAUCUGUAAUUGAUAAUAUUGUUUAUGGAGUAGAAAAAUACACAAUAGAAGAAGUCGACAAGGCUUGUGCUAUGGCUGGAGUUGAUGAAUUCUUAAAAGAUAGAACUCUAUUCCCAAAAGGUUAUGAUACAAUUGUUGGUGAAAGAGGUACAAAACUUUCUGGAGGACAAAAGUAGAGAGUAGCAAUAGCUAGAGCAUUAAUUAAACACCCUUAAAUUCUCAUUUUUGAUGAAGCCACCAGCGCUCUAGAUGCUGAAAGUGAAUAUCUUGUGUAACAAUCAAUAGACUCGUUGAUAUAAAAUAGAACUAUGACUAUUGUAGUAAUUGCACAUAGAUUAUCAACAAUUAAAAACUGCUCAAAAAUCAUAGUAAUGUAGCAAGGUAAAAUAGUAGAAUCAGGAACUCAUAAUGAACUUAUUUCUCAUGAAGGACCCUACAAAGCAUUGGUUGAAAGAUAACUUUCUCACAAAAUCUGAAUAUUAAUGAAGAAAGUAGAUUUAAUGAAAAUAAUAUAUAUUUAUUAAUUAAUUAAUUAUUGUAAUUUGGUUAAUCUGAAUAAUUUAUUUUAAAAGUUUGUUUAAAGUAGUAUUUAUAGUAUCAUUCUUUUCAAAAAAAUAAUUUUGAUCAUAAAUAGAAUAUUGUU